AUGAGGGGAGAAUUUGGAGGAAUACAGAGGAUAUUGAUAAGUAGUAUUGGAAAUCCAGGUAGCGCUUAUCGGUUUACAAGACAUAAUCUGGGACAUUAUGUUUUAGAGGAGAUCAGGAAAUAUUUUGGGUUUUCAGUGUUUAAAAGAGAUUCAUUAGUCUUUGGAUCAUAUGCAGAGAAACGGGAUUCACCGUUUUUAUUGUUUCGUUCAGAUAUUUAUAUGAAUGAAUCGGGUUUAGCGGUAUAUAAGGCAUGGUCUAAAUUUUGUGAGAAUAAAGGGGUUAAUGAGAGGAAAAACUGUUAUCUUGUAGUUAUUCAUGAUGAUAUUGAGGAGAAUUUUGGAGUUCUUAAGGUAAAAAAUAGUGGAAAGGGCAGGGGAAAUAGAGGUCAUAAUGGUAUAAGAUCAUGUAUUGCAUCAUUAGGAACGGAAUCAUUUAUUCGCUUCUCGAUAGGGUUAGGAAGACCAUCGACAAGAGAAUCUAAAGAUGUAAUUAAUUUUGUAAUGGAGAAUUUAUCAGAACAAGAGCUUAGCUAUGUAAAUGAAAGAACUAUUCCGGAUGUAGUUAAGGAGAUUUAUAAACUGACAGAAGAAAUCAAGAGCUAUUAG